AUGAGUUCGGGUACAGUCUAUCUGUUCUCUUGUAAAGCGUGCGUGGACGAAUACGUUGGCGAAACGGGUAGACCACUCUGCGUACGUAUAAAAGAGCACCUAGUCGGCAAACGUAAGCUAAGUACUCCACUAGAUACCGAAAAUCGAAUUGAGUCGAAUGGACUCCUCGACAACGUCGGGAAAGAGCGAGUCGAAUUCGUUGGAUUAUCUAAUGCUAAUGAUGACUUUAAGGUCGACAUGAAUGCGUUUGAUCGUUUUUGGCGUUACCACUACAAGAAAAACGAUACAACUGAUAGCGCAACUGCACUUGGAAGCAGUCAAUCUGAACGGAAGGACGGCGGUCGGAAUCGCCACCAUGGUCAUCCAGCGACCAUCGACAGAGUCGUCAUGUACUACACAAGUGGUCGUCGACCCUCAGUAACUCCUUCGCUCUCCCUACUCUCGCACUCGAGUGAACCGCCAACAGAGCGCUCUCAUCAGUCCAACGCCGCUGCACAUCUGUUUGUUCAGCGUGAAAAGUGCAUGAUGGCAGUUCAACAGGAUCCGUUGACAUCAGAACCUAUCAGAAACAUUGCGAAGUCGCAUGUUAAAAUGUCAACAUAUUGCAUGAGCGAAACUAGUAGCAAUUCUGAUGAGCUCAUUGGAAACGGACACUUUUUCCGCCUUUCCGAAAUUUCCGGAAGUGAGCCUCCUGUUCUUCACCCGCCAGCGUUUUCUCGGGCAACAAGUGAACUACUAAAGGAUAAGUCGACUUCAACGGCCGAUCUCGAUCCUUCUUUCAUGGAUAUUAGCAAUGGUGAUAGGCGUGGACUAGAAAACACUCAUAAUAGGGCGGUGCGAGAUAAAUCGGCGGUCAUGUCGCCAUUACUGGAUUACAUCGAAGCUAGCUCUAAGAAAGAAAUGCGGGAUCAGAUGACAUCGAUGUCGUCGUCCUUCCUUUCCUCAUCAUCUCUUCCAGUUGUCGUUCUCGAAGAUACUCCGGAAAUAGAUGCCUCGCUACCAGACUUCAAGGACCAGUUAACUGAUCUGGAAUCGUCAUCCAUGGAGGAUUUGCUAGCCAUUGAUACUCGUCCAAGUUCAUCUAAUAGAAAAUCGGUAACAUUUGCAGACACGAUAAAUUUCGAAGUCGUUGCUCAGGAGUAUCGCAUGAGAAGUCCUUCACCCGAUAAUCAGCACAUUACAGUGAAGCCGAUAUUAAAGAAAGAGGACAAGCAGAGAGAAAGCAUGCGACGUUUGUUGGACUACGUUGCUGAACGGCUCUACAAGGAUCUUCUUAUGCUCGUCGAAGAGCGCGAUCGAUCCAUACAUGCUCUAAAACUCACCUCAAGUGACCAGGAUGCCGAUGUCUUCUCGGUGAAUUCAACGAUCUUCCAACAGGUAUGGUCAAAGUUAAAAGACAUGACACUCGACGGUGCAGCAGCGCAGUUUGUUAAUGGCGUUCGUCAUAGCUCGGAGUUGACCCUAAACGUAAAACGACGACUACUCGGCAAACGAGAAUCGCACCCAGUGACGAGUCGUAAAUCUCGCAGUGAAUUCGAGAUGGCUUGCGAUUUUUCUCGUCGAUUGUCGCAAAUCCGUGAACAAAUGAUGCGACGGGAUUCGGAAUCGUUCGAGGACAGUCGUUCCAUGGAAGAGUUGAUGUGCUCUAUAUCGAAAAUUAUGAGCGGACUAUAG